AUGAAAACACACGAAUCCCGCGAUCACAGCCGCAAGUCCUCGAACGCGAGCGUGGAAGACGAGGAGAAGGCAGGGGAGCAGUCUGGGAGGACAAGCAUCGCCGAGUCACCUUCCAGGAGUGCCCCCAAGCCAGAGCAGAAGGUCGAUGAUUGGGAUGGCCCAGAUGACCCUGACAACGCUCAAAACUGGCCCAAAUCGAAGAAGGUAUACCAUACUUUGGUACCAGCCAGCAUCGCGUUCGUCUGCACCGUGGCUUCUUCGAUAUACACACCUGGGCGAGGGGACUUGAUGCGAGAUUUCGGUGUGUCUGCAGAAGUAUCGCUCUUGCCGUAUGUGCUGUAUGUUCUUGGUUUGGCGUUCGGACCUAUGCUAUCAGCGCCAUGCAGCGAAACGUUCGGACGAAGGGCGGUCUAUCUGACAGGAAUGCCGCUCUUUGCCCUCUUCACUCUGGGAUCUGGAUUUGCGAACAGUAUCACUGCACUCUGUAUCCUGCGCUUCCUAUCCGGUGUCGCGGGAAGUCCAGGUCUCGCUAUCGGCAGUGCGACCCUGUCAGACAUGUGGAAACCAGCUGAAAGAGCAACGCCAAUGUCCAUAUACGUUACCACGCCGUUUCUCGGCCCUGCUAUCGGCCCUCUAGUCGGUGGAUUCACAGCACAAGCCAAAGGAUGGCGUUGGACGAUGUGGGUGCUCCUCUUCUUCGCCGUCGCCUGCCUGACGCCAGCACUGUUCAUGAAAGAGACAUACAAAUCUGCAAUCCUCCGCAAGCGAGCGAAGAAGCGAGGGCUCAAAUAUCCGACGCUAAAUAGGACACCACUGCAGUCUGCCAAGUUCUUUCUCAAGUCUACUUUGACCCGACCGGUGCAUAUGUGUGCCAUGGAACCUGUGGUCCUCCUCUUUACGUUGUACAUCGCCAUCAAUUUCGGAAUGCUCUACGGCUUCUUCGCUGCUUUCCCAUAUGUCUUUGAAACAGUGUACGGCUUCGACGUUGGACAGAUUGGCCUCACAUUCCUCGGUAUCGGCGUUGGUUGCAUCGUUGGAUGCCUCUUCAUCAUCCUCUUCUUCCGGCUGUUCUAUAUACCCAAAGUUGUGCAAGGCGGCAAAGCUGGCAAGGGAGAAACAGUUUCCCCAGAGACUCGACUCUGGAUCGCCAUGAUUGGAUCCAUCAUGCUCCCGGUAUCACUCUUCUGGUUCGCAUGGACCGCCGAAAAUGAUGUUCAUUGGAUGGCUCCCGUCGCCGCUGAAGGUGUCUUCGCCUGCGGGAACUUGAUGAUCUUCAUGGCCGCAGUGCUAUAUCUCAUGGAUUUCUACGGACCAUUAUAUGGGGCUUCGGCGAUGGGGGCGAACAAUCUGGCGAGGUACACACUGGGAGCUGUGCUCCCUCUGUUCAUUGUGCAGAUGUAUGAGGGGCUUGGAAUCGGGUGGGCGACGACUCUGCUGGGCUUUGUGAGCUUGGCUUGUACUCCCAUCCCUUGGGCUUUCUACUGGUUUGGACCACGGCUGAGGAGUUGCAGUAAAUACGCCAAACCUGAUGGAAACUGA